GGUAAAAGUAUUCAUUAAGCCAAAUGUAAGGGACCAUUUAUGUAGUUUUCUAGACUCUUAGAUGAUCAGACCAAAACACCUCUUUCGGCGAAAAAAGGAUCCAAGAAUCCAUUUUUCUUCAAAUCUGAGCUGGUAUCCGCUUAUCAACUAACCCCGAUCAAUUUUCCGUCGGAACACGGCGGCUACGACGGCGGAUACGGCGGCAUCAAGCGGUACGACGUAAGAUCCUGUAAGGCAAUAUCCAAAAAAAGAAAAAAAGAACCUUUAAUAUGAAUUCGAAUUACGGAAGAUCAAAUCAAUCUGGAUCUCUCAACAACUUCGAUUUCGAUCUCGGAAUCAAUUCGAAUCGUUCCAAACCUCUUAAUGCUCAGAACAACAAUAAUACUUUCACGCAACCUAAGCCUUACACCACGACGCCGUCGUGGCAACCCAACAAACCAUCCUGGACUCACCAACCCGCCGCUCCUGCGCCGUCGUCCACUCUCGGCGGCCCUUUAAAUGGACCGACAUCAAUGGUUGGAGAUAUCACGGGAAGAAGCUGGGCUUCGUCGGCACCACAGCGUCCUUCAAGCACUUCGAAUAUCGGGAUUGCGAGUAAAAACCCUAAUCUGUUUAGUGAUUUGCUUGGAUCAAAUCUAGGUGCAGGUAAAGGUAACAAUAGUAAUGUUCCAUUGAAGAAUGUCGCACCUGCUUCAUCACAAACAGCUAGUAGAAGUGCUUAUUCAAUGGGAGGUAUGGCCAAUUCAUUGCCGAAACCUGGUAAUACUAUGAACAGUAGUGGUGGUACUGGUUGGGGUUCUUCUUCUUCACAAGGUUCUGGGAAUUACAACACAAGUGGUUAUGGCAACAAGAAUCAAAACCUUGGAGGUUCAUCAAUGAAAAGCUCAACCAUGAGUGGCAUUGGAGGUGGCAUGAAUUCAAACAAGGACCCCUUUGGAUCUUUAGUUGAUUUCAGCUCUAAACCAGCUUCUGGAACAAAAUCAGGAAACAAAACAAGCACACCAACAAAAUCAGGGGAUGAUAUGUUUGGUAGCUUUCAAAAUGCAUCAAAAGAUUCAAAACCCAACACCAAUCCCAGUUUCACAGGUUCAUCCAUGGGUUCUCAUUCUCAAUCAAAAGUGGAUGAUUUUGGAUUUGGUUUUGGUAAUAUUUCAAAUCCACCACCAGUUCAAUCAUCUAAACUGGAUGAUUUUGGUUUUAAUGGGAAACAAAAUCAACCACCAGUUCAAUCAUCAACAGGAAAUGAUUUUGACAUUCUUUUCACUUCAUCUUCAAAAGAUUCAGAGAAUCUUGUAAGCCAACAAUUUGCAGGGGCUGAAGAUUGGGGUUUUGAGUCUGACAUUGGAGGAGGAGGAUCAGGAGGUGAUGUUGGUGGGACAACUGAGCUUGAAGGGCUUCCACCACCGCCAGCUGGCGUUACAUCCUCAUCAGCAAAGAACAAAGGAAUGGAUAAUUAUAAAGCAGGACAAUAUCCUGAUGCCAUUAAAUGGCUUUCUUGGGCUGUGAUUCUUUUGGAAAAAAGUGGUGAUCAUGUUGGCGCCAUGGAAGUCUUGUCAUCUAGAGCUUCAUGUUACAAAGAAGUAGGAGAAUACAAGAAGGCAGUUGCUGAUUGUUCAAAGGUAUUGGAACAAGACAAGAAAAAUGUUUCAGUUUUAGUACAACGUGCUUUAUUAUAUGAGAGUAUGGAAAAAUACAAACUUGGAGCAGAAGACUUGAGAACUGUGAUGAACAUUGAUCCAGGAAAUAGGGUUGCAAGAAGUACUAUACAUCGCCUUACUAAAUUGGCCAGCUAAGCAAGGAUUUUAUAAAAAAUGAUGUUUUUUUUUUUUUUUUUUUUAAUAUAUAUUUUGUGUUCACGGGUUUCUUGUUAUAUGGGUAAUAAUUUUCGAAAAUAGAUAUUUGUUGAAUUUGAGUUUUAUAUGAUCACAAGGGUGUUGUAUUUUCUGGUGU